CUUGAGCCAGCUUGACAUGGAUGAUAAUGGCAGGAAGUGAGUCCGAGUGACGUCUUCUUGCCUCGAGAUUUGAGAGUGGGGCCUCAUCCUGCACUGACCAUGUGAGGGGAUCCGCACUGUGCCCUACACCAGACGACUAUCGCGCCGCAUCAGACGCCAUGUCUCAUCUCCCAUUUCUCUCCCAUUGCCGUGCCGCCAAGCUCAUAUUACAGAAAUCUCCAUGGUGGGAACACAAGCAGAGUCCAUCCCGGCCCAUCACACGCUUCGCAAGGAGCUAGAGCCUGAAUUGGUCCAAUUCGUAAAGUGAGAUGGGCGACCGCGAUACCCUCUUGGACCUCGACCGAUGGGUCUGCUAUUCGCUUUGGGAAGCUAUUUAGCCAAUGCACCAGCACAAGACAUCUCUCCGACUCUCGUCUCGAGUCUGACCUUGGGAGAUACGGUAUACUUACAUCGUGGAUUCCGGGGUCUCAUGUCGACCAGGAGCUUCGAAGCUGCUGGCACUGGCGCGGUAACCGUUCCUGGCAACCCCUCAAGGGCUGUGAGAGAAGCUGCGUCUGUCCCAGAGAUUACUUCGUGUCCUUGGCCCUUUGUUGAGCCCAUCACUCGGCAUCCCAGUGCCGUCAUUUCGUUUUCUCACAGUCUAACUAACUCUUUCAUCAAGAGCAGGCACCAAAAACAGAUAGGACGGGCAGGCAAAGAUGAGACCCAUAAAUUACGCCCCCAGGGCCCAGGAACGAUUCCAACGACGACAGAAACAACAAAAACCCACAACCCGGUCUGUGAGGUAGAGAGAAGAACAGCAUCCCUGACACACCUGUCCGAACUGGCUCCAUGAUCCAUCGCGCUCACAGAGAAAGACAUUCUGAGGGGAUUUUGUCUGACUGAGCCUGAGUCUCACUGGACCCAACCUGAGUCUGUUGCGUACGAAAUACUGCCUCCGGAGUAAUACCCACGAGUCUUGCCCCCGUCGUCGCAUCAGAUGCCUCCUGGUCUAUUACAUUACCACGCCUGGCGCCUCAAGUUGCCGCCUGCCUGGCUUGAAUUAGCUUCCAGAGUAAGCACCGCGCGCAAGUGCCAAGGGCAAAGUGGGUGCUGCCGCCACCGUCGUCUCCUGCUGGGCCUUUGGGGGAGUAGUCUGGUCUAACGCCGGACCAGUGCAGGGUAAACUCAGCCGGGCGGCC